UGCUCCCCGUUCGGCCGCCGCCUGCCUGUUGCGAGUCCACGCCAAGAGGAGAGCAGGCUUCGAAGCUCAUCGUCGGAGCGUUGCAUUCGCUACGUUAGUGCCUAGUUGUUGGUUGUUUACUGUGUGGACGAAGCUUUUGGUUCUUCUCUGCUUGUAAGGAAUAAUUCUCUACCAUGGCGAGUAAAAUCAUCGGAUUUGAUGAAAUAAAAGAGAACAAAGGCAAUGUGAUUUGGCGUGCAGCUCUCGCCGAGUUUGUGGGGAAUUUACUCCUCAAUUUAUUCGGAUGUGCAACUGUAGUGUUAUCCUUCGCCCCAUUGGAAACAGCCCUUACAUUUGGCUUCAUGAUUUACCUCCUCGUUCAGACAUUAGGUCACGUGAGCGGCGGACAUUUUAAUCCUGCUGUGUCAAUUGCGAUGUUUGCAACCUGUAAUAUUGGACUUAUUAAACUGGCUAUUUAUAUUGCUGCACAAUGUGCAGGCGCCAUUGCCGGAAGUGCAAUUUUAAAGUUGCUGGCACCAGGAAACUACGAAGGAAACUAUGGAAACACAGUGGUUAAUGAAGAGUUAAUAAACGUUUGGCAAGCAAUUGCUUACGAAUUCUUCUUGGGUUUCAUUUUAGUGUUUGUGGUCUUUGGAUUCUGCGAUCCAGACAGACCCGAAACAAAUUACACUGGUUCCCUAGCAGUGGGCAUCUCCAUUGCUGUGGGACACAUCGCUUUUAUCGAUGUAACCGGUUCAAGUAUGAAUCCAGCGCGUAGUUUAGGAUCCGCCAUGAUCAGUAACGGCUGGAAGGAUCACUAUGUGUUCUGGGUUGGUCCCAUUGCUGGCGCAGUCGUCGCUGCGCUACUUUAUCGUUGGAUUUUCGCACAGCGUGAUCUUGGAUAUCAGAGUGUACCAUCGGAUGAGCAACCACACGGCGCAGACAAAAAGCAAACUGCCUAACCUUUUAAUCGAAGUUUUAGCACAUAGCGCAUAUUUAACACUUGUACAACAUUCGACUGAGAUUAAUAUUUUUGCAUCAUCACAUUAAUUCAGAACCGAGCUGUUUAUCAUACAGGAAUAAUGAGCAACUGGAUAUGUAGGUAGCUUACUAAUUGGUGCGAUCUCAAGUUGCUCAUUGUUCUUGUCUGGAACAACGCUUAUGAUAUUAAGCUUUUUAACUUUUACUGUUACAAUGUAGUAUUUUAGUUUUGUAAGUAAACCAAACGACGAAAAGUGCAAAUACUUUAAAUUCUUGCAAACUUUCUAAUUAUAUAAACGUGAAAUUGGAUUAAUCAUAAUUAUUACGUGUGUUCAGAAUAAAUGUACCGGUUUUUAAA